UGUAAGAUAUACCAUAUAUAGAGUAGGUUGUUCUAAACAUAUGCUUCAUUGACGCUUAUUUACCGUAGAAUUUUUAGUAAGCUCAUGACGUACGUUAGACAGACUCUAAAUAAACACAGGAAUAGAAUAAGAAAAAAAAAACCCAAACAAAACAAAACAGAAACCUCUGGGCACCACUUCUACCAGUGGCUUCAAUGUUUACUGUUGGAUUUACAGGAAUCCACCCUGCUCCAGUUUCUCUGCUCUCAGGGGCCCUGUCCACCAGAGGGCGAAGGAAACCAAACCUCAAUCCCAUGUUGGCGCUGCGUCAAGCAGGAAAACAACAGCUGCAAGUGACGUAAACACGUGGGUCAAAAUAAAAGCUCAGCAAUCUAUUAAAACAUUACACGUCAGUGUUUGUUGUUGUUUUUAGAAAAAUACUGCAUACUGGUCCUAUUAGGAAAAAAUACAUUUUAUUACGAAGCUGCGCGUUGCGUUUCUAAUUUUGUGCCAAAUUACUGGCGCUUUUACGCGUCACCAACGCGAUUCCAUUCGCUCUACUCUGAUUUUAUUGUGACAUCAACUACCGGAAGCAAUCGCGUGGGGAAUGAAACGCAUUUUUCCACGAUUUCUCUCUCUUCGCCACCAGCAGUUCGGUCACUGCGGAGUGUGGUGUCAAAUCUCGGGGCGGUCAGAGCCCAGACGCGCCUCCUCCGGUGCAGAGACCCUGGAUCCCGCGCACCAUCAACGCCACAUAGGAGGAGUUUUUUUAAAAGCGCUGAAGCAUGCAGUUUAAAGGUUAGAGAGUGGAGUGAGACAGGACCACUGCUGGACAAACUCACUGUCCUCAACCCCCUCGCGCAUUGUCUGCAGGGAGUAGCCUGGAGUUCUUGUUCUGCUGCAAAGUUUCCCAUGGAAUCUGCGAUCAUGGAUCCUCUGCAGAGCAACUGCGAGCAAGACUCGUCGUUCACUGAAGAGGAGGAAGAAGUGGACCCGAGAAUUCAGGGAGAGCUGGAGAGGUUGAACCAGUCUACUGAUGACAUUAACCGCUGGGAGAGUGAGUUAGAGGACUGCCGUCAGCGGUUUCGCGCCGUGCUGGUCGAAGCCACGGUGAAGCUGGACGAGCAGACGAAGAGGAUCGGACGGGCCGUGGACGACUCCAAACCGUAUUGGGAGGCCCGUAAAGUGGCGAGACAGGCCCAGAUUGAGGCCCAGAAGGCCACUCAGGAGUUCCAGCGGGCGGUGGAGAUCCUGCGGGCAGCCAAGGAAACCAUCGCCCUGGCUGAGGAGAGGCUGCAAGAGGAGGAGAGUCGCCAGUUCGACUCUGCCUGGCAGGAAAUGCUCAACCACGCUACACAGAGGGUGAUGGAAGCCGAACAGGCGAGAACACGCAGCGAAGACGAACACAGAAAAACGGCGGCUCACUACAACACCUGCAUCGGCCACAUGAAGCAGCUGGAGAAGAAGCUCAAACGCUCCAUCAACAAAUCCAGGCCAUAUUUCGAACUAAAAGCCAAGUACUACCUGCAGCUCGAGCAACUGAAGCAUCAAGUUGACAACUACCAGGCCAAACUGGUGCUGGCCAAGGCCGAGUACCGCACAGCCCUUCGCAACCUAGAGAGCAUCUCUGAGGAAAUCCACGCCCAGCGGCGCUCCCUGGCCAUGGGGACUCGGGAGCAGGGCGUCGGUGCCGAGGGAGACGGGGACAACGAGGACAUCGCCAACUUCAAAAGGGAAUCGGAUGGUCUGUCCAUGGUGUCGGUGUCAAUUGAAGAAGACAGCAGUCACAGCAGCGCCUCGGAGGAAGACACAGACACUUGCUCUAGCUCCUCGGCCCAGGCCGUGCCUUCCUCACCCUGCCCUUCCUCCUCUUCCUCCCAUCCGUCCACUUCUGCCUCCUGCACUUCCUCCUUCCUAAAAAACACCGACUCCAUCGUCUCCACACCUCCCCUGUCGCCUGUCCUCUCCCCCUCCUGCUCCGGGGGUCUGGAUUUUGGAACUCCAGAUUCGGAGUGUUUUUCUGGAGACGGCUCACCUCUGCUGGGUCCUCGGAGCCAGUGCAGCGGAGCGUCAUCUCCAGACUGCGACCGGGAGAGAGGUAACAGAGCAGAGGGAGCAGAGGCCGCGCUAGAAGAUGGCGUGAACAAGCUAACAGUGACUGUGUCAGAGGAACAAAAAGAAAAGGAGGACGAUCCAGAGGCGCACGACGCCGACUCUGAAAUCACCCCUCCCAGUGAAGCCACUACCAUUCUGUUACUAAACAGUGUUUGAUGAACUUCAGUACGGACUAAAAAAAAAAAAAAAGCUGAACUGUACACACCCACAUUUAAACUGCAUCCAUCAGACAGUGUUACUCCACAUUAAAGGCGUUUCUAUAUCAUAUCGUUGACGCAGGAAAUAAGUGGACGUAUGCUAAAGAAUUUAGAGUCGUGACAGUACAGGUGGUUUCUAGUUCGCGCCAGUAUUAGCACAGCUAACUGUAUUCUCUUAGAGACCUCCGCUUAAUCAGGCGGACUUCCUGUGUCGUGGUGCAGCUCGACAGUGGUGUGGUUGCGUUUAUUUGAAAUGCCGCACUUUGUAUUAAGUAGUCUACUAAAUGAGAUUCUUUUUCAAUGUAGUCACUGCAGUUCUUUUACUAUGAAGUUAUCAAGAGAAGCCAAAAAUGAUGAUCGCGUUUAAGUCCCGUCAGGUUUUAGGUCAAAGAUUUAAACGUUUGAGAUUUUUGUGAAGGAUCUCAUUGGAGUACAUGCAGUACUCCGAGCACUGCAGCGACUUCAGAUCGGACUUAAGCGUUUGUCUUCCAUUGGGCUCGUCCCUCAGUGUUGUGAGUGAGAGAGUAAAGUAUGCUCAACCUUAUGAGUUGGCGUGUGUGUGUGUGAAUGUGUUUUUGUUGCAUCUGUUGCUCAAAUGCCAUGUAGUAAAAAACCAAACUAUAUUUAUACUCAUUGUACUUUAUAAACAGUGUUCAUGUGGUUUCUGUCAAUGUUAACACAAAAUCAGCAAUAAACUUUGUCUUUGUUUAA